CAGUGAGAAACUGACCCGCGAGUGAUCGUACCAGGUGCCCCUGAUGAUUAUGCAAUAUGCAUAUUCUAUCAUGGUCGCGACGAUAACACUGUGAUAAGAUAAUAUUGUUAUUUAAAUUUUUUUACCGAGCGACGAGCAGUAGCCAGUAAGCACCACAGAUAGUGAGCACAGACAAGACGUAUCGCCUGUAUCUGUGGCAGUGAAGCGGCAGCGGCGUGGAUGCCGCUGGUCUGGUAGCCUCUUCUUCUCUCCACGCCAACGAAACGWUUGGCUGCUGCAAGUUGUCAAGUACAAAUAUUGCAGAAACAACUAGAGGCUUAUUGAAUACUGGACUUUUUUGUCAUACGACCAUGUGCUGGCAGAGAUGUUGUUCGCAUUCCGUAAAGUGUCACGUGAAGAAUUUUAAGUUAAAAUUUUAAAAAAAACCCCCAAACAUGUAUCUGGACACUGCGCGUUGGUACCCGUUAGUCUUGUUGACUGCCAUCCAAUUUGGGUUUUCAAAGUGUGCCGUUGACAACAGUCUGUCGUACAAAGAAGAAACCGGUCAUUCUAUUCUCGACACUUUGCCUCGAUAUAUUUUGUAUGAUGUCAAUARACCCGAAGGAUUCAAUUUACGCCGUGAUGUGUUCAUACGAAUGGCAUCUUUUAUACAUCAUAUGAAUAAGGUGUCUGAUUAUCAUUGGAUUUUGGUGUUGCCACCAUGGCACCGUUUGUAUCAUUGGAGAUCAUCAAAUCUUAUACAAGACUGUCUUCCAUGGAGUUUAUUUUUUAACGUGGAUUCCAUUAAAAAAAUUACUCCAGUUAUUGAAUUACAUGAAUUUUUCCAAAUGAACGGAUUAAGACCAUUGGAUGCCCAAGUUACAUUGCAAAAUUUCAAUAUGAAGUCGUUUGAACAAUAUCCAGACUUUUCAGAUACAUGGGAAGUAACCAAUUGCAAAGGUCAAGUUCAAAAAGAAUUUUGGAACCUAAAGAACCUAACAUUUAGCAAAUCAUUAUGUAUAUCAUUCCAAGGAAUUUCCACUCUACUAGCUGACAUUGUUCAGGAGUUACAACCAAGAACUAUUAUAUUUGACCAUGCGGAGUUAGCAUUGCACAAUUAUUAUGGUGGACAAGAGUAUUGGAUGGUUAGGAAAAGUAUGCAAUUCAGCAACAAUCUGCAUGAAAUUGCUAAGGAAUUUAAGAAAAUAAAUUUAAAGCAAGAUUACUUGUGUGCACACGUGCGUCGCAGAGAUUUUUUGUAUGGCCAUCCUAGUGAUGUACCCAGUCUAAAGAAUACAGCUGAACAGAUAAUAGAGAAAUUAAGUUUGUGGAAUAAUAUUAAAACAGUUUAUGUUGCGACCGAUGCUUCAAAAACAGAAUUUGAAGAACUUAAAAAUUAUUUGCAACCUUAUAAAGUUUUUAAAUUUGAGGCUGAUAAGAAAACCUUGAAUUAUAUUUUGGAUGGUGGGGUUGCAAUAAUUGAUCAAAUAAUAUGUUCGCAAGCAAAAUAUUUCAUUGGAACAUCUAAAUCCACAUUUUCAUUCCGAAUUCAAGAGGAGAGAGAAAUUCUUGGAAUGCCAUUAGAAACUACUUUCAAUAGUUUUUGUGGGGACAACACUGAGUGUACACAACCUACAAAAUGGAGACUUGUUGAAUAACAAUAGUUGUUUUGUUAUA